ACAUCGUCGUCGCGCUCUUCGCCCUCGUCCCCUUCGUCCCCUUCGUCGUCGUCGUCGUCGUCGUCCUCCUCCUCCUCCUCGGAAGGAACGCUUCAAAGUAGAAAACCAAAAGCAGCAGGGGGGGAGGAGGAGAAGAAGAGGCGGCACGGGAGGUACCGGGGGGUGCGCAUGCGGGCGUGGGGGAAGUGGGUGUCGGAGAUAAGGGAGCCGCGGAAGAAGUCGCGCAUCUGGCUCGGCACCUUCCCCACGCCGGAGAUGGCGGCGCGCGCCCACGACGCCGCCGCGCUCUGCGUCAAGGGCGCCGCCGCCGUCCUCAACUUCCCCGAGCUCGCCGCCGCGCUCCCCCGCCCCGCCACCCUCGCCCCGCGCGACGUCCAGGCCGCCGCCGCCCUGGCCGCCGCCAUGGAGGAGCCCCCUCACCACGCCGGCGCCGACAAGGAGGAGGACGCGGCGGAGUUGGCGGAGAUCGUGCAGCUGCCGCCGCUGCAGGAGGAGGAUGGGGCGUUCGACCUCCGCUCCUCGGCCCAGUCGGUCGGCGGCUUCGC